AUGCCAUUCAAGCCUGUUGAGCACCCCAAAUGCCCUAAAUGCGGAAAGUCAGUCUAUGCCGCUGAGGAGAUGUGUGCCGGUGGAUACAAAUGGCACAAAUUCUGCUUCAAAUGCACUAUGUGUAAUAAGUUACUUGACUCUACAAACUGCUGUGAACAUCAAGCAGAAUUAUAUUGUAAGCAAUGCCAUUGUAGAAGAUAUGGACCAAAGGGCGUAGGAUUUGGAAUCGGAGCCGGCUCAUUAACAAUGGAUACUGGAGAACAAUUCGGAAAUAAAGAAGUUGAUAUGACAAAUCGUCCAAUGACAGCAGAAGCAUUCACUGCUCCAAUCAAUCCAUCUCAUAGCUGA